AGAGGGAUGGAGGACACUGAGUGGAGGCCAGUGGAGGGAUUGGCAGAGAGAGGGGAUGGCAGGACACGGAGCGGAGGCCAGUGGAGGGAUUGGCAAGAGAGGGAUGGACUGACAGAGAGGGAGGCCAGUGGAUGGAUUGGCCACUGAGAGGGAUGGAGUUACAUGAGUCGGAGGCCAGAGGGGGUAUCUUGGGAGAGAGGGAUGGAGGGACACUGAGCAGAGGCCAGUGGAGGGAUUGGCAGAGAGGGAUGGAGGACACUGAGCGGAGGCCAGUGGAGGGAUUGGCAGAGAGGGAUGGAGGACACUGGGAGGCCAGUGGAGGGAUUUGCAGAGAGGGGUGGCAGAUACAGAAUGGUUAAUAAAGUGGAUGAGUCUGGCAGCACAUUUUGAUAGACUGAAGAGGGGAUAGCCUGCGACGAGUUUGCCUUUGAGGAGGAAGUUACAAUAGUCAAGGCUGGAGAGAUAAGUUGGGAGUGAAGAA